CAGAGUCAUCUUGGGACGUAGUCUACCGACACUGGAAGCGGCGGUGACAGUAGCGGGAGUUCUGAGACAUUCUAAAAAAACUUCUGGUUUGUUUACAUGGAGAUGGUUGAAGAAGAGUUUCAUGCACUACCCUCGCUAGAGGUUUGGAGUAAAACAAAACCUAAGUCUAAUGUCAGAUAAAACAUGCAUAACCUACUAUUUCAUGCCUGCUGAAGCCUGGGGAUAAUAUUAUGUUCAAAAGCAAGUGCUAGCUAACUAGUUUGCCAUACGAGUAACGUUAGCCAUCUGUUUUAGCUAGUAAAUAACGCCGUCCAGAUCUAGUAAGUAGCUAAGCGGCUCGUUAACACUGUGGUGGCUGUACCUUGGGCUAGCUAGCAGCAACAUCCGCCAGUUUAUCUUCGAGUCAACAGGUGGAUAUUUUGAAGGCUAAUCUCCAACAAUGGCCUCGAGAGUGUGGCAGCACCCGUACGUCAACAUCUUCAAGCACAUCAAGAUUGAAGAGUGGAAGAAGUCUUCAAGAGAGGGAGAUGUGACUGCUUACAUGGACAAAACAUUGAAAUGCUCAGUGUUCAGAAUUCGUGGGUCCAUCCCGGCCAGCAACUACAUCCUCUUACCCAAGACCAGCAGUCAGUCCUUGGGGCUGACUGGACGUUUCAUCUACCUCCUUUUCAGACCCAGUCCUGACAAACACUUUGUGGUACAUUUGGACAUAGCAGCAGAGGAGAGCCAGGUUAUCCGGGUGUCUUUUUCCAACCUGUUCAAGGAGUUCAAGUCCACGGCCACUUGGCUGCAGUUCCCUUUCCUGUGUGGAGCAGCCAAAGAUUCUGUGUACGACAGCACCGCCAAAACGGCGAGACACGACCUUGUGGGUCCGGCCCCCCCCACGGUGCGUUGGACCUGUCUCACCAUGGACCUCCAGUACGUGCUGUCCGUCUACCUCAACCGCCGGCACAGCCACCUGAAGAGCAUCAAGCUGUGUGCCAACCUGUCCGUCAAGAACAUUUUCACUAGCGACCUGCUUUUAGACCCAGGAUUGUCCUUCAGUGAGGCCAAGCAGGCUGGGUUGGUGUCUGUCCAGGGCACAGGGCCCAUGCCCAGGGAGAUGUGCUUCCCCGUGCCCAAAGGAGGCCGCUGGCACGACCUCUAUGACUACAUAAGGUUUCCUUCCGAUGGUUCCAAGAUGCCCUUUGACUCCAUUCAGAAAGGCCUUCCAAGCCCUAUAUCCAUGUGUGCCCCCGGCAGUAAAAGCCCCAGCAGAGAGGUGUCCCGCAGGGUGAACCUCAGUAAACCAGUGCAGGACCGGGUGUCUCUCAUCCAGCAGAUCACCAGCCCCAAGCUUCUUCCAAAAAACCGCACCACCUUGGUGACCUCCAGCGUUCCUGAGCUGGGUGUGGUCACCUCCGGGGAGGGUGUGGUCACCUCCGGGGAGGGUGUGGUCCCCUCCGGGGAGGGUGUGGUCACCUCCGAGCUGAACGCCAAACACUCUCAGGAGGACUGGGGUUCCCAUGGCGACGACCCUGAGAGAGGUUGCUGGUCGCACACUUCCGGUUCAUACCACUCUGCGUCCCGAACGCCGUCCGUGGUUGAGGGAGGUGUGCAUGUGUACGCGCGCCCAGAAGAUGACUCUGCCUUCCGUGUAGAAGAUGGCGAAGGAGAGGUUGUGUGCACUGCUGUCACGCGGCCCAUCUCUCUUCCCUCAGUCAAGGAGUCCAGACACAGUAAGCUGUAUCCUGAUCCCAUUCUCCGGCUGAACCGUAUCAUAGGUUUUGGCGGAGCCACUCUGAAGUGUGCUUUGUGGACCAAGAGUGGGGAUGAGGUGGUGUACCCCUGCCACGCCAUCAUCAUCUCCAUGAACAUUUCCUCAGGACAGCAGAGGUUUUUCACCGGCCACACAGACAAGGUGUCUGCCCUUGCGUUCACUGGCAACACCACGCUGUUGGCGUCGGCGCAGACAGGAAGCCAGGGCGUGGUGAGAGUGUGGAGCUACGCUAAGGGCAGCUGCCUGGCCAUGUUUAGGACCCACGCACACUCUCUGUCCUCAGUCAGCUUCUCGUAUGGUGGUGGUGUUCUCUGCGGGGUAGGGAAGGACAACCACAGCAAGACGAUGGUGGUGGUCUGGAACACGCAGCACGUCAGCAGAGGACAGGUGACCGUCCUAGCCAAAGCACACACGGACGUGGACAUUCAAACCAUGAAGAUCGCCUUCUUUGACGAUACAAGGAUGGUGUCGUGUGGCCGUGACAACGUGCGUCUGUGGCGUGUGAGGGGCGGGGCCCUUCGCUCCUGCCCCGUCAACCUGGGAGAGUACCACUCCCUGGACUUCACCGAUGUAGCCUUCGAGGAGGGACAGCGUUCCCACGGCGACCCAGAGGACCGCUCGCUGUUUGCCAGCAGCAGGAGUGGCCAUAUCCUGGAAAUUGACUAUAGAAACGUGGUGAUAAGAAACGUCAGGAGACUGCUGCCCACCCAGCAGUCCCACUCCAAGCGCAGAGAGAAACAGACGUUCAGCACGGGUCCAGGCAUCGCCGUGAGCAGCAUCAGCGUGUCGUCUGCGUUCUGUGCCACCGGCUCUGAGGACGGCUACCUACGUCUCUGGCCUUUGGACUUCUCCACAGUGUUCCUGGAAGCUGAACAUGAAGGGCCGGUGAGUCUGGUGUCAGUGUCGGCCGACGGCCUCAGCGUCCUCUCCGCCACCUCCACCGGUAACCUUGGCUACCUUGACGUGAGCAGCCGUGGCUACGGCACCCUGAUGAGGUCACACACGGACACCGUGCUCGGCUUCAGCGUGGACGGCAUCCGGCGCCGCCUCACUUCCGCCUCCCGCGACGGGACCGUGCGUGUCUGGGACAUGGACUCCAUGCAACAGCUGUUUGACUUUGUGUCGGAGGACACCCCCUGCUCGGUGGCCUUCCACCCCAGCCUCCAGGUCUUCUCUUGUGGAUCCACCUCCGGGACCGUCAGGGUGUUUGACAUCGCCAGCUCCAAGCUGUUGGCGGAGCACAGCCAGCACCGAGGCCAGGUGGUGGGUCUUGUCUUCUCCCCAGACGGAGAGUCCUUGUACAGCGUUGGCUCCCUCGGCGCUCUGGUUCUGUACAACUCCUCCUCCGAAGACCACCACGUGGUCAGAGUACUGGGUAACGUGGUGGCACGGGGGACCGAACGGGGUCCGGAUGCCCUCGUCGUCAGUAGCGACAGCCGCUGUUUGGCGUUUGUGGGCCCCUCAGAGUACACAGUCACCAUCAUGGACGCCCGCUCUCUGGACGAGCUCCUGCGUGUGGACGUCAGCAUCCUGGACAUGGAGAGCACCAGGCUGGACUCUGCCCUGAAGGUGUGCUUCUCCCCGGCCUCCACCGCCCACCUGCUGGUCACAACCACCGCCAACAAGAUCCUCUGGGUCAGUGCCAAGAGUGGGAGGCUGCUACGCGAGGCCUCCCAUGUCCACAAGCAGCAGUGCUCCUCUGUGGUGGUGAGUGAGGAUGGCCGCUACCUGCUCACUGCAGGACACAACGUCGUCAAGGUGUGGGAUUACAGCAUGCAGCUGGACAUCAACUCCCAGAUGUUUAUAGGACACAGCCAGCCUAUCAGCCAGGUGAACUUUACACCCGACCAGAUGAGUGUGGUCUCCGUGGGAGACGCCAUCUUUCUCUGGGACUUCCUGGCCCACCCACGGGAGUCUGGGACUUGUAGUCCUUCUAGCCGAGCCCUGAUCACGCCUCAUAAAACAGCGAAUGGUGAGCCAGAUGUUCAGGUAAUGCUGCUGUCCAAUGGGAUGCCUCGAGGGAUCGCUCCCCUGCCGUUCUCACACCCUCCCUGUUUGGAUAUCAGCGCCAUUGACGCAAUCGGACUGGAAGACUCGUGUCCGUGUGAGGAGCUUGAGCAGAUCCCUCACCGCUCUGUCCACGGCCCCACGUCAGGCCCCUCCCCCUGCCCUGACCCCGCCCCUGACCCCGCCCCUGACAUGGCGGCCGGCUCCUUCCUCAAAGUCACCGAGAUGGCGUCAGCCCCAGACUCGUCUCCUCUGAGGACCAAUCAGAAUAGAGAGUUGGACAAUGUGGAGUCUGAGGAGGACAAGACUGUAAGGCCUGAUUGUUAUAAGCACUUUACUCCACGUUUCAAAACCUCCACUCUGGACCAGACGGCUGGGAACGCCCACCAAUCAGGAAAACAGGGCUUGAGUUUAAAAGCUGUGAUUGGCUACAACGGGAAUGGACGUGGAAACAUGGUGUGGAAUCCAGAUACAGGCCUGUUUGCGUACUCGUGUGGUAGCGUGGUGGUGCUGGAAAACCUUCACACGGGCUCUCAGAGGCACUGGCAAGGUCACACAGAGGAAGUCUCCACUCUGGCUGUUUCCAACGACGCACUAAUGGUGGCGUCGGCGGCGGGGGGGCGCGAUGGCGCCACAAGCCUAAUCUGCAUAUGGAACGUUCAGGACGGCGCCUGCAGGAAAACCAUGUCCCACCACCGGGGGGCAGUGCAGAGCAUGGCCUUCUCCAGGGACGACCUCCUCUUCCUCUCUGUUGGAGACUUCCGCGAGCCAGAAGUGGCUCUGUGGAGCAGCAGGAGCUUCCAGCUGCUGUCCAGGGUGGGCGUGGCCGGGCCGCUCCACGAUGUGGCCUUCAGCCCCUCGGCCGCCAGCCAGCUGGCCUGCGUGGGCCGCCUGGGGGUGGCGUUCUGCCAGGUCACCUCCUCAAGCCCAGACCCUGAGCUCCAGAUGCAGAACAUGGCCGUCCCUGAGGAGGUGGGGGAGGUGGAGCUGACGGCGCUAUGCUACAACACUAACAACAUCCUGUUCACGGGCACUAACGGAGGACACGUGUGUGUCUGGGACUGUCUGAGCCAGCGCUGCUUCAUGACUUGGGAGGCAGACCAGGGAGAGAUAGGAGUGCUGCUGUGCAGAGGGAACCGCUUGCUGACAGGCAGCAACACGCGUCGGCUGAGACUGUGGGGGGUCUCUGCUGUACAGAGCCUGAGGCCAGGAGGAGCAGGAGGAGGCACUGCUACCACAGAGGACCGAGGGGCCCUGGUGCUAUUGGAGCAGGAGAUCGUUCUGGACGGGACCGUGGUGAGCGCUGCGUUUGAUGACGUUCUGGACAUGGGAAUCGUGGGCACCACGGCGGGCACACUGUGGUACAUCAACUGGGUGGACAAUUCCAGCAUACGCCUCAUAAGCGGACACAAAACCAAGGUGAAUGACGUGGUUUUCAGCCCAGGCGAGACCCACUUUGCCACCUGUGGAGAGGAUGGAAGCGUCAGGGUCUGGUGUUCCCCCAGCAAUGAGCUGGUGAUGCAGUUCCUGGUGCUCAACCAGAACUGCAAGUGUGUUUGUUGGAGCCCCGAACAGGGUUCAUCUACGGGGGGCGCGUGCGUAGCGGCGGGCUACAGUGACGGAACCCUCCGGAUCUUCCGCCUGUCGUCCUCUGAGAUGGAGCUCAAGCUGCAGCCUCACCCGGUGGCCGUUACCUCGGUCCAGUACUCCGUUAAUGGUCUUGUGCUUCUGUCGGCGGGAAAGGAUGGGCUGAUAGCGGUGAGCAGCCCCGUGACCGGAAAGGUCGUCCGCGUCCUUGGUGACCACAAGGGGGCACUCAUCACCACCAUGCAGUGUGUGAAAAAACAGUACAAAGAGUUUGGACUCAAAGGAAACGACAUGUGGUUGGCUGCCAGUGCAGACCGACGUGUCAGCAUUUGGGCAUCUGAUUGGAUGAAGGAUAAGUGUGAACUGCUUGAUUGGCUCACGUUCCCUGCUCCCGCCCACCCCAAGGACCCAGACAGCCUACCCCCCAGCUUGGCAGCUUUCAGCCCCACAGACCCUGGCCUCGUCAUCUACACAGGCUUUGGGGUGGAGAAAGAGCUGUCCUUCUACAGCCUGUCUUUAAAACAGGUUGUUAAGAAGAUCGCCUUGUCUCACUGGGCCACGAGCCUCAGUCUCUCCUCCAAAGGACAUCUGGUUGCCGUGGGCUCCCAAGAGAGGGUGCUGAAGCUGAUCCAGUCUUCCAGCGGCAGGUUCCAGGACUUCCUCCACCACAGCGACUCUCUCCAGACGUGUCGCUUCUCCCCCUCGGGGGAGCUGCUGUUCAGCUCAGCCUACAAUGAGAUCCUGCUCUGGGAAGUCCAGGGCCUGUAGAUCUGGAGAGAGGGGCAGGUCGCCAUGCUGACAACAUCCUGGCACCCUCAGACCUGUCUCAGGCUCUGCCUGUCUGUCCCAUCUCUGUCUGUCUGUCUGUCUGUGUGCAUACUGAUAACGUUUUCAAAAGCUCUGUUUUUAUAGUUGGACCAAAGUCGAUUUAAUUGAAAUGAAUGAUAUGGGUGGUGUUGGGAAAUAUUUGAAAUGCUAAAUGUUAAACCUCACCUGGAACUGAAGUCGAUUUAAUAGAAUGUUACUGUGUUGGUGGUGAUGGCAACCUUGUAGGUCACCUAAACACCACUCCAAUAUUGAUCUGUUGAUGGUAGGACUUAAUUCAAAAACAUGGACAGAGAGGAUAUUGUUUACACGCAUGAUUGUAAGUCAGUGGUUUUUAUUUGACUUUGCAAGAAAAUUCUGUCUUGAAAUAUUUAAUUCAUGAAGGAAAACCUCUUCUGUAAUGUCUGUUGGUUCUUUAAAUCUGGGAUUUGUUUAGUUUAGUUUAUAUGAAACAGUUUUUUAACAUGUUUGUUCAAUUCAAACUAUAAAUUAUGCACUAAAUGCUACAGUUCAAAUCAACACUUAUUUAUUUUUGUAACUGUUCUUUUAAAUAAACAAUUUUA